UUUAUUCUUUAGUAUCUUGGUGUGUGUUAUGUGAUAGUNGAGAGGUUUUGGAUUGAAAGCUCUGAUUGAUGUUGGCAGGAUAAUUAAAUUUGAAAGAAUUAUAUGCCAUAACUCCAGAAUUUUGAUGAUAAUGUAUUAACUUUUCUGAUAUCUAUUCCAUUCAGUUUCCUCUUAUAAAAAAUGUUCAUAUCUUUACAACGUUUGGGCAACUUUUCUGAACGCAGCCUCAGGCUUACUAAUCUACAGGGCCGGCCCUGAUAAUGGCAGCCAUGAUCGACACAUCAAUAUUCCACAGACGAAUAUCAACGUUUAGAUUCAAUAAUUCCAACUACCUGCACAAUUAUAAUCUUGUUUGUUGCCGAUAUCGAGGUUUCUAUGGGAAAUCCAGUCUUUUACAAAACUACACGACAUCCUUCCAUUGGCAACCUAGAAACUUGAAGCAUAGAGGUUUCAUAUUGAACAAUCAUCGGGACUGGAAGUUUGCCAAAAUCUAUGCCAACAGUCCUCGGGAACACGACACCGACUCGACCAAUACAACUGAAACGAGUGGGCCCGAAAGCCCCAAAAAACAGGCCACAGGUUCGGGUUCAGGCCGGAGAGAAAAACAGGGGAAGGACAACUGGUGGAACAAUAGUAGUAGUAAAUGGAAGUGGCAACCAAUUGUUCAAGCCCAAGAGAUGGGUGUCUUACUCAUACAAUUAGGGAUUGUGAUGUUUGUGAUGAGAUUACUUAGGCCCGGGAUUCCGCUUCCGGGCUCGGAGCCAAGGGCCCCUACCACAUUUGUCAGUGUUCCUUAUAGUGAGUUUUUGAGUAAGAUCAAUAGUAAUCAAGUGCAGAAAGUGGAAGUUGAUGGUGUACACAUUAUGUUUAAAUUGAGGAGUGAGGCUCGAAGCCUGGAGAGUGUUUCUGGUGAAGUCAGUAGUAAGUUGAUGGAAUCAGAUUCUCUGUUGAGAAGUGUGCCCCCCACUAAGAGAGUAGUAUAUGCCACAACCAGGCCAAUUGAUUUUAGGACACCAUAUGAAAAGAUGUUAGAGAAUGAUGUUGAGUUUGGGUCUCCGGAUAAGCGGUCAGGAGGGUUCUUGAAUUCUGCAUUGAUAGCUUUAUUCUAUGUUGCGGUGCUAGCGGGUCUUCUUCAUCGGUUCCCUCUGAGUUUCUCUCUGAAUACACCAGGACAGCUUAGGAACCGCAAGUCUGGUAAUUCUGGAAGACCUACAGUUCCCGAACAAGGGGAAAAUAUUACCUUUGAUGAUGUUGCUGGAGUUGACGAGGCUAAGGAAGAGCUGGAAGAUAUUGUGGAAUUUCUGAGGAACCCAGAUAGAUAUGUAAAACUUGGUGCACGCCCUCCGAGAGGAGUUUUAUUGGUGGGGCUCCCAGGAACAGGUAAGACAUUGUUAGCCAAAGCCGUUGCCGGCGAGGCUGAUGUUCCUUUCAUUAGCUGUUCUGCUAGUGAAUUUGUAGAACUGUAUGUUGGUAUGGGCGCAUCUCGUGUUAGAGACCUUUUUGCACGGGCAAAGAAGGAGGCUCCCUCCAUCAUAUUCAUAGAUGAGAUAGAUGCUGUGGCCAAGAGCCGCGAUGGUAAGUUACGUGUUGUGAGUAAUGACGAGCGGGAACAGACCUUGAAUCAGCUUCUCACUGAAAUGGAUGGAUUUGAUAGUAAUUCAGCUGUGAUAGUCCUUGGAGCAACUAAUAGAGCAGAUGUUUUAGAUCCCGCCCUCCGUCGACCGGGUAGAUUUGACCGAGUUGUCAUGGUUGAAACACCUGAUCGUAUUGGGAGAGGAGCCAUUUUAGAAGUACAUGUGUCCAAGAAAGAACUUCCUCUAGGCAAGGAUGUUGACUUAGGUGAUAUUGCCUCAAUGACGACAGGCUUUACUGGGGCAGAUCUUGCAAAUUUGGUAAACGAAGCCGCCUUAUUGGCUGGGCGGAGUAAUAAAUCUGUGGUGGAGAAAAUCGACUUCAUUCAAGCAGUGGAGCGGUCAAUAGCGGGUAUUGAAAAGAAGACGGCCAAGUUACAGGGCAGUGAGAAAGCUGUUGUUGCGCGACAUGAAGCUGGUCAUGCAGUUGUGGGAACUGCAGUUGCAAAUCUUCUUUCUGGACAACCUCGGGUUGAGAAGCUGAGCAUACUGCCUAGAUCCGGAGGAGCUCUUGGAUUUACUUAUACGCCCCCGACCAACGAAGAUAGGUAUUUGCUCUUCGUGGACGAGCUUCGCGGGCGUCUUGUCACGCUUCUCGGUGGCCGAGCAGCUGAAGAGUUUAUAUAUUCAGGACGUGUAUCGACAGGUGCUCUUGACGACAUAAGACGAGCAACAGAUAUGGCUUACAAAGCCGUGGCCGAAUAUGGUCUUAAUGAAACCAUAGGCCCAGUCUCGUUGGCAACUCUCUCUGGUGGUGGAAUGGGCGAGUCCGGGGGAUCUUCUCUUUGGGGGAGGGACCAAGGACACCUUGUUGAUCUUGUUCAGCAAGAGGUUAAGGCCCUGUUGCAAUCGGCACUUGAUGUAGCGCUCUCUGUAGUUCGUGCAAACCCUGCCGUCUUGGAAGGUCUUGGGGCCCACUUGGAAGAAAGAGAGAAAGUAGAAGGGGAAGAGCUUCAAGAAUGGCUGAAAUCGGUGGUUGCGCCAGCCGAGCUCUCGUUUUUCAUCAGUGGAAAGAAAGGAUCUCUUCUCCCUCUGCAGUCCGGAUCUUGAUGUCCUGCAGAUUCUUGCUGAAGCCAUUAGCUGAAAGACUGAGAUGUGGGAGUGGGGAUUUCAUUAUCUUCCCCAAACAUUACUGUAGUCCCUGCAUUUUCCGCCAAAGUGCGUGUAAAUAGAGAGAUACAAGAUUGUUACAGUCGAGGCAGUCACCUUAGAAUAAACUUUUAACUAAAGCUGGUUUGCAGCAGUCUAUGCGGGACGUGCAUGUUCGAAUAUUUAGAGAAAUCGUCUCAAUAGGCGCAGUCUCUGUGUUGCUGUAAAUGCAGGAAUUGGUUUGUAAAUUGUAACUGAAUUGAGGUAUGGUCAAGUAUACUGUCAUAUUUGGUACUUCUACAAGGGAGAUGUUAUUAAGGAGUUGGUUUCUCUGCUGUUCAUUUAUCUGGUAGUAUAAAAGGAAUGAUUUUGUAAAAAAAUAAAUAAAAAUGAACGGACCAAAAAGUCAUUAUUG